GCGGCACGAAUUCAGAGGGUCGUGCGAGCUCGGACGGGCACCCGCCACUCGAUCAAAGAACGGAAGUUCCCAAUGAGCAGCGCCGGAAGCGACAGCGGAAGCAACAUUAAAGCCCCGCACGCCCCUUUUUUGUUACCGCAUAUACGUGUUUUGCUUCACGCCUUUCGCGCGUUCCGCUUCCACCGGAUUCCUCGUUCUGCAGCGCCCCCAAAGACCCACGGUCGUCUCCCCUCCGCUGGCCACGUUCCUGUCAGACGUCACUUCUCCGCUGCGCUCGCUCCAAGCUGAGGUCAACGCGGGAGGAACAAAAUAAUACAGGACCAACAGUUUCGCUCGGGGCGAAGCGUCGGACGCCUUUUUUUUCUUCGCGCAGCCAAGGCCUUCUCCGGCGUGAAACUCGGCCGACUUAUUUCCUUCGUCCCUGUGUCUUCCUAUCAGGGUCAAUGGCGGCGUCUCUGCUCAACCCCGCGGUGCUUCAGGACCUGGCGCUGAGCUGGCUCCGCGAGGACCAGCCCAGCCUCGACGUGGGCCUGUACGUGGUGGGCGACGCCGACUGCACCGCCUACCUGUGGUGCAAGAGCCCCGGCGUGCUGGCCGGGGUGCCGUUCGCCAACGCCGUCCUCUCGCAGCUGGACUGCGACGUCAAGUGGCUGCGCAACGAGGGCGAGUGGCUGCACCCCGUCGCCAAGGUGGCCGAGGUGACCGGCCAGGCGCGGCGCGUGCUGCUGGCCGAGCGCGUGGUGCUCAACUGCCUGGCGCGCGCCAGCGGGGUGGCGUCGUCGGCGCGGCGGAUGCGCGAGGUGCUCAACGGCAUGCACUGGGACGGCGUGCUGGCCGGCACCCGGAAGACGACGCCCGGCUUCCGGCUCGUCGAGAAGUACGCGCUGCUGGUGGGCGGGGCGGACACGCACCGCUACGACGUCGCCUCCAUGAUCAUGCUCAAGGACAACCACCUCACCUCGGUGGGCUCCAUCGAGAAGGCUGUCCGCAUCGCCAAGAAGAUGGGCGGCUUCACCCGGAAGGUCGAGGUCGAGUGCCGCUCCGUCGAGGAAGCCCAGCAAGCCGCCAGGGCGGGGGGUGACAUCAUCAUGCUCGACAACUUCGAGGCAAAGGACUUGUCGCCGGCGGCGCAGAAGCUGAAGACCGAGUUUCCGGGCGUACUGGUCGAGGCCUCGGGAGGCAUCACUCCCGAGAACCUGACCCAGUACGCUGUGCCGGGCAUCGACAUCAUCUCCUCGAGCAUGCUCAUCCAGGGCUACCCCACGGUCGACUUCUCGCUCAAAGUGCAGCCGCCGAAGAAGCCCGAGUGCUAACAAGUCGCAGGCGCGGAUUGAGAGACAGAGACGAUCACGCAUGCGCGUGCUCACCUCUUGCAACACUAGUGUAGCACAAACAACACGAGAACACACGAAGGGCACGUGAACACACAAAGACGGCGCUGUGUUCGUGUGCUCCUCUGGUGGCUUCGUAUUGUUUGCGCCAAACAAGUAUUCGAAGGUGUAGUACUAAAAGUCCCGCGAUGUGGCAUUGGCGGUCAACUCUCUCGGUCCGGAAAAAAUGCGAGCCCAAAAUGAAGACCUUCUCGCUAUUGAUUUUUUAUCAAGCGACUGCGACAUCGAGGCUGUAAUUGAGAGAUUUCAAUUUCAUUUUUUUUUUUCAAAUAAAACAUUCGUGUAUAUGCACA